CUGCUGUGCGCUGAGAGAGUCUUGUGAGAGAAUAGAGUGGAGCUGUGAGACACAGCUGGGGCUGAAAAAAUUGCCCAAAGGAACAGAUGCACUCCUUCCUUAGAAAAAUACUUUGCGAUGUGUGUGUUCGGGUGUGUGUAAGUGGGGAAUGUGUGUGUCUUGGGUUACUUACUCAGGAAGUCCGAAGAGGAGAAAGGGGAUGAAAAUGGUUGAAAAAAUUGUUUUGACUAACUUCCGCUGCUGGCUGUGUGAUUUACCCCCGUCGCCUGGAUUAGUGUGACUUUUCUCUCUCCUCACACCCAACUAUAGUGGCACUACGAUGAAGAGAACCAGACCUGUCAUAGAUGAGAUCAUGCAGCAAGAGAUCAGGCCCUUGCUGGCUGUCGACAUCAUAGAGCAGCUGCACCGGCAGUUUGCCCUGCUCUCAGGAGGAAGAGGGAAAGAUGGUGCCCCAAUCAUCACCUUCCCUGAGUACUCAGGCUUCGGCGACCUCGUAGCGGAGGACUUCCAGAAUGUUGUAACAUAUCUGACCAGCAUCCCCAGUUUGGACGUGGCCAGCAUCGGUUUUGUUAUAAUCAUCGACCGCAGGCGGGACAAAUGGAGCUCAGUGAAGGCCUCGCUGACGCGGAUAGCGGGAGCAUUUCCAGGGAACCUCCAGCUGGUGUUGGUUCUAAGGCCCUCCCGCUUCUUCCAGAGGGCCAUCGCUGACAUUGGCAUUAAGCUGCACCGGGAUGACUUUAAAAUGAAGAUUGUGAUGCUCAACUCCCUAUCUGACUUAUAUGGCUACGUGGAUAAGGGCCAGCUAACAUGUGAGCUUGGUGGGAACCUGGACUACUGUCACAGCCAGUGGAUCCACCGCCGGACAGCCAUUGAGAACUUUGCUGUGACGGUGAAGACCACGGCUCAAAUGCUGCAGAAGUUCGGUACAGACCUGGCAGAGACGGAGCUGCCCAAUGAUGUGCAGUGCACCAAAGACCUACUCACUACUCACACUGAGAAGCACGACAAACUCAAGGAUGAACUGAAAUUAGCGAUGAAACAGGGAACCACUCUACUGGGCUGUAUCAAAGAGCAGGCUGCCAAGUCUGAGAACCACCAGCUAAACCCAGACGAGAUGGAGAACCACACCACUGUGGAAAGGUUGUUGGCCCAGCUAGAUGAGACAGAAAACGCGUUUGAACAGUUCUGGUCUAAACAUCACCUCAAACUGGAGCAGUGCCUACAGUUACGCCAUUUUGAGCAUGACUUCCGAGAGGUGAAAGUGUCAUUGGACAGUCUGAUGGCGACUCUGACAGCCCUGUCAGACAUUGGGGACUGUGUCACCCUGGUAGAGAUGUUACUGAAGGACCUCAAGACCUUAGAGGAGAAGGCUCAGGAGUCGUUAGAGAAGGCCCAGCUCCAUGCCCUACACGGGGACCAGCUGAUUCAGAGCAACCACUAUUCUGUGGACUCCAUACGGCCCAAGUGUGUGGAGCUCCGACACAUCUGUGAUGACUUCACCAACGAAGCCCAGAAGAAGUACGACGUCCUCUCCAAAUCACGCCAAAUACACAAAGGCAUAGACAAGGUGAACCAGUGGUGUGAGUCGGGGGUGUACCUGCUGGCCUCUCAGGCUGUGGACAAGUGCCAGUCCCAGGAAGGGGCUGAGGCAGCCCUGCAGGACAUUGAGAAGUUCCUGGAGACGGCCAAGGAGAACCAACUGAGUGACCUCAAGAACAUCCACAACCAGUAUGAGCUAGUCCUCAACGUUGAAGUCAAGGCUAAUGUACAAAAGGCUCUAAAGAGGCUGGACGAUGUACAGGAGAUGUUUGAGAAGAGACAGGUUAGUCUGAAGAAGUUGUCAGUCAAACAGACCCGGCCCGUCCAGCCUGUGGCCCCCCGGCCUGAGUCCUCUCCCAAACGGCCUGCGCCCCACAAAACACCCAGGACUACCUGCCCUGCCCCUGCACUCAGUCGAAGGAUCUCAGAGAACUCUAGUGCCACAAAGCAGCCCACGGAAGCUGAGCUUGCAAAAAGGAAAAAUGUAAGCCGCAAAGUCAAAGGGAGCCUCAAGAUUGAGGUAAUGCAUGAGGCAAGCCAGGGAGGCUCCAGCCACGUCCUGGUGACGAACGAGACAGAGGAGAGUCUUUCAAACAGACGGAGACACAUCAUGAACGAGCUUAUUGAAACUGAGAGGCUGUACGUGGAGGAGCUGCAGAGCAUCAUAGAGGGAUAUGCUGCCGAGCUGGACAACACAGAGCUUUCCCCCCUCAUCCCCGCAGCCCUGGAGAACAAGAAAGAUGUACUGUUUGGCAAUCUCCCAGAAAUAUAUGAAUUUCACAACAGGACAUUUUUCAAAGAGCUUGAAAAUUGCAUGGAAAGGCCAGAAUUGGUAGGGACCUGCUUUUUGAAAAGGAAAGAAGAGCUGCAGAUCUAUGAGAAGUAUUGUCAGAACAAGCCUCGAUCAGAGGCACUGUGGAGACAGUGUGGAGACAGCCUGUUCUUCCAGGAAUGUCAGAAGAAGCUGGACCACAAACUCUCCCUGGAUGCCUAUUUACUCAAGCCUGUGCAGAGGAUCACCAAGUACCAACUGAUGGUCAAGGAGAUGCUGAAAUGCAGUAAGAACCAGGAGGGUACUGUUGAAUUGGAGGAGGCCCUUGCCACCAUGCUGGACAUCAUCAAGUCUGUCAAUGACUCCAUGCAUCAAAUUGCCAUAACGGGAUUCGAGGGGAACCUUAGUGAGCUGGGCAAGCUCCUGAUGCAGGGCUCAUUCAACGUGUGGACGGACCACAAGAAGGGCCACAGCAAGGUGAAGGACCUGGCCCGCUUCAAGCCCAUGCAGAGGCACCUGUUCCUCUACAAUAAGAUGCUGCUUUUCUGUAAGAAGCGGGAGGAGACCACGGACGGACACGAGAAGCCGUCCGCCUCAUAUAGCUUCAAACACUCCCUAAAGAUGAGUGCUGUGGGAAUCACCGAAAAUGUCAAAGGAGACAUUAAGAAGUUUGAGGUCUGGUAUAACGGCAGAGAGGAAGUUUAUAUAAUUCAGGCUCCCUCCAUGGAUGUGAAGAACAUGUGGGUGUCAGAGAUCCGGAAAGUUCUGACAGGCCAGCUAGAAGCUUGCAGAGAGGCUAGUCAACUCCAUCAGAAGAUCACUGAGAAUGUGUAUCAUGCUCCCAUGAGAAACAUACGCAAAAUGGCCCUGAGGCAGUCGGACUCGUCUAGCCCGGAGACAGGCUUCAGGAGGAGCAACCCCAGCCCCAACAUGAGACAGAAACGAGGCUGGACCCAACGGUGUUUGCCUUCAAUGGACACAGAGGACUUUGAAACCAUCCAUUCGAGUGCAGAGGAGCUCUCCAACUCUUCAGAUGGCGAGGAUGAUUCCAGUAAUAAAAAUGACCAUGAUCGCUUCCGUGUCCAGUUGACAUACGAGUCGAGGACAGCGCAGGACCUGUCUCUGGAGUCAGGAGAUUUAGUACAGUUCCUGGAGGAGGCAGAGGAUGGCCACUGGCUAGUCAAGAAUCUUAUUCCUCAGAAGACAGGUCUGGUACCGCCCAGUGUACUUCAGACAGCAGCAGGAGAUAUCUUCAGUGACAUGUGCACAGCAGCUCUGUCUGACUCUGAGGAAAAUGAAAACCCUACGUGGGGAGAUGUAUCUCAGGACAGCAGAUAGGAACGAUGGACCAUUUGGUCAUGAACUUCUGGAACAUGCUGGUAGCCCAACUUGGUAAAUCUUCACAGUGGGGCAUCGAUUUCAGCUGCUAUGCUCAGACAGAAAACUACAAGUCUGAAGUCAAGUCAAUAGUGAAAAUUAGAAUAAAUGCCGAACUGUUUUGCCCUGCUUCAGCUGCUGAGGUUAAAGAAAGUUACUUUUACCACCAUUUUGUCAUGUCUCAAAACCUGAACAUGAUCUGCUAGUCAGUGCUGUCAAAGAAACUGUGCUGUGGCUUUGCUGCACACCAUACUCCCUCCUGUGGCUUAAUCAUGUAACCGUUGUGAGGAGGGUCAUCCUGGACACAUAGUGGACAAAGAAGUGCUACCAUGGAAACGGGAUCUCUCUCCAUCAAGGGGGAAAAUGCUUGACCCAUAGACUCAAUUGGAGACGGGCUUGAUUGUAAUUCUUGCGUUAAGACCUUAACAUUUAAACUUCCUGAAACGUUGUUGUUUUGUCCUGCUGAAUUGUCUGCCAGUUCAGUUGUUUUAUAAAUAACUGAGGGAAUUCUCAUUUUGCAAGAGAUUUACUUUUCCCUGAACAACAACAUACAGUACAUAGAUAUUUACUUCAUCUUAUGUACAUACAUAAUAUAUAUAUUUUUUUCCACUAUUGUAAAAUAUGUGUAUAACUAUUCUAUAAAUUCUCAUCUGAUCAUUGUAAAAGUAUUCAUGCCAACUUCUUUCAAAUUGUGGAUUAAUCUCAAAUGUAUGUCCUGGUUAAAUGGUAGUGAAUUCACUCGUGAAAUACCAUCUUAUGGUCGAUUGUGCUUACAAGCAUUGCACAUAGCCCUGAACAUAUUUUAUUAAUCUACUAAAAUUGUGGUACCAUUGUACAGAAAAUAUUCCAAUAGUACUGUACAGCUUAUUUGGAAGUUGUAUUGCUAUACAGUACAGCCCCAAUAUAGAAUGUUUUAAUAUUAUGUAUAUUUAAGAACAUAGCUUUGACCAUCAGUGAUAUGACUCAUAUGAUCCUUCAACUGUUCAUCUGACUUUUGUUUAAACAUCAUUGUUUCUAAGCCAUAUAAUGGCAUUAAAUGCCCCAGAUCUGGUAUAACAGCAUACAUGAGAUUGUAUCGGGCCACAGUAUAGCAAUCUUUUAAUAUAAAGCGCUUCAAAAGGCUGUAUUGCUACUGCAAACAUUUUUUUGUAUGUGUUUAUUUGACCAUUAUAUCCGGGUAAGUCAUUGAGAACAAAUCAUUAUUCACAAUAGCAUAUUAUUCAAUGAACUUGUCGCAUUACCUCAAUGUAAUUCAAUCUCUUCCGAAUGCCUGUCAAUGAGUUCUAACAAUUUGGGGUGUUUAAGAAUAGUAAGACAUUGAAAGGUAUAAGCACAUGCACAAAGGGACUGAAGACAGAGGAAACUCUAGAUGGAAUGUAAAGAAGAGGUCUGGAUUUGUUUUUCAUAACCAAAAAUGUUGUGUUCCUAAUCUCUGAGACCGGACCUCUGCAAAAAAUAUCACUAAGACGUUAUGAAAUUCAGCCAAAAGGCAAUGAAUUCCCACGAAGCACAAAGCAACUGCCUUUUUAGACAGAGGUGCUGGACUCAUUUAAGAUGAGUUACAAUGAAAUGUCAUUCAAUCCGAGUGAAUUCAGAAUGCAUCUGUGACUGUUUUCUAUGGAUAAGUGUACAUUACUUUUCUGUAAUUUUAAGUAUAUUAUGAAAUGCAUGCAUCUUGAAAGCCAAUGUUAAUUUCUGCUCUUUUGUCAGUGAUCAAUGCUGUUUCAGGUAUAGCAGAACACAGCCAGCCCACUAUAUCGUUAUAAUUCCUGCCUACCCAUUGCUACUCCCUCAAGGGAAAGAAGAAAGACAUUAAUGUUAGACUUAAAGCAUAAUGUAUUCCCUCAGUUGGUGACUGGUACUAAGUUUUUAUCUGCUUUCUCCUACUGAUAUUAAAUCAUAUUUUAAAGAAGCACAUUAUAACAUUUGAAAUGCUUAAGAGAUCUAGUCUCUGGCACCAAUAGCCAAUAGCAUUAUUCAUAGCAUAUGAAAAUGAUGACAAAUUCCUUCUAUUCCCUCAUUCACCCUCACCCAUAACAUGAACCCGCCAUUUAAGUGCACCAACAGAUAUCUUUACAUAACUGUUAUGCAACACAAUUUUAGAUGCAAAGUUUGAAAGAUAUGAACUUCUCAUUUGGCCAAAUUUCCUUGCUGGUGAGUAUCAUCCAGAUGUUUAUUUAACUAGGCAAGACAGUUAAGAACAAAUUCUUAUUAACAAUAACAGCCUAGGAACAGCAGGUUAACUGCCUUGUUCAGGGAAGGAACAACAGAUUUUUACCUUGUCAGCUCUGGGAUUUGAUCUAGCAACCUUUCGGUUACUGGCCCAACCUGCUGCCCCAGAUGUAAAGGCAAUAAACAUUUAACAUUUGAUCAUUUACACUAUCUUUACAAUUUCCAUUGGGAUAUAAUACACUAUGGCAUUCCUGA